AUGGUGGUUGGCAAGAACAAGUGCCUUACAAAAGGCAGCAAAAAGGGAGCCAAGAAGAAAGUUAUUGAUCCAUUUUCUAAGGAAGGUUGGUAUAAUGUGAAAGCAGCUGCUAUGUUCAAUAUAAGAAAUAUUGGAAAGAUGCUAGUCACCAGGACCCAAGGAACCAAAAUUGCAUCCGAUGGCCUCAAGGGUCGUGUGUUUGAAGUGAGUCUUGCUGAUUUGCAGAAUGAUGAAGUUGCAUUUAGAAAAUUCAAGCUGAUUACUGAAGAUAAGAUGAUGGAAAUCAUGACCCAAGAGGUGCAGACAAAUGACUUGAAAGAAGUGGACAAUAAAUUGAUUCUAGACAGCAUUGGAAAAGACAUAGAAAAGGCUUGCCAAUCUAUUUACCCUCUCCAUGAUGUCCUUGUUAGAAAAGUAAUAAUGCUGAAGAAGUUCAAGUUUGAAUUGGGAAAACUCAUGGAGCUUCAUGGUGAAGGCAGUAGUUCUGGAAAAGCCACUGGGGACAAGACAGGUGCUAAAGUUGAAUGA